AUUAAUGACUGCUGAGGAGACGGCGGAGCAUCUAUGUGGUCCGCCUGACACUUGAUCGAGGGGAGAGAUGCGCCCUCAGCAGCCGCUGUGAGGACGGGAAGGGAAGGGCACAAGGAACACAUGAAUCUCAAUCCAGACUCCAGUCUACCUGCGUUUGGACUUUCUUCGCUUCGUUUUGCUCGUGCAGAAGCCGUUGGCGGAGGAGAGACUCGAACUGAUUUCUGACCAGCUGCGUAAGAAGAAGAAGAAGAAGACCACACAUUGUUGACGGGUUUUAUGUCGCGCUCUGGGCUUUUCUCAUCUCUGGAGCGCCGCACUUGAUGGAAAUAUAGAAAAACACAUUCAGCUCCGAGGGCUGUGCUGGUUCAAGCGGGUAAGUUUACUCUGUUUACCACUGAAAUACAGUCAAUGCCUGUCAUUAGGAAUGAUCGCACGGGUGUGUAAUGCGUUUUCCAAGUUGACGAAAAACGCCUUAAUCCUGCGCUUCGGGGGAUGUUUUAGCAGACGAUUAUUCAUGAGAAAAUAGUCCUCCCGCUCCCCCAAAAACCAGUCACUUAAAUGUGAUUUGAGGAAUUACAGAAACAAGGCAGGGUAGUCUAACUAUGCUUUCUUUAAUUAUGGCCUGGAACACUCACUAAACGUGGAGACGCGCUUUUGCGCAACUAUGCAGGUUGCGCCUUCACCAAACCCGCUUCAUGGCAGAUUGGGUGUUUUUGUUAAAACACAAAUAGUUAAGGAGAUUCAAAGCUGAUGUCUGUGUGUGUGUUUGUGUAUGGAGGUGAUGGACAGGCAAUUUCAUGUCCCCGGGUUCUGCUCAGUGCGCGCACACCAGACACGUCUCGAAGAAAUCCACAGAAUGGUGGCCACCCCCUCCUCUCCUCUCCUCCUCACUCUCUCCUCUCCUCUCCUCUACUCCAAGCGUUCCUGUUGCAAACAUUAAACGACAUCUGCUUAAAGUAUACAUCACACAAUCACACACACUCUCAAACGGUGAAUGGGAAUGAUACCUCGCUUUCAUCGACAUCUCGGCACGUUGCAUGCUGGGCUUUUGCGGAAUUAACUCCACCACAGAGUGGCAUCUUUGAGCGGAUUCACCGUCAACGCUUCACCUGCUGGUGCCCAGCACACCCACCCACACAUUCAGAGAUCCGGCGAGAGAGAGAGAGAGAGAGAGAGAGAGAGAGAGAGAGAGAGAGAGAGAGAGAGAGAGAGAGAGAGAGAGGAAAGGAAGGUAUUCACUAAUCCCUUAACUGCAUUGGGGCGUCUCUCUCUCUCUCUCUCUCUCUCUUUCUCUCUUACCCCCUCCCUCCCUUCUAUUUCAUCCCUCACCCUCUCUCCUCUGUCCAGAAUCUAUGUCACCCAGCAGAUGUAUCACUCAUGAAUAUUUCAAAGGCAGAUAAACAGAUAAUGGCCGAUAAUGACAAAUGUAAUUUUCACCGAAGGGGCUGCUGGAUGUGAUUGCUGUAAUCUUCAGUGCAUGCAGCCGGGUCUGGCGUAUAUGUGUGUGUGUGUGUCCCUGUGCUUGUUCCCAGUGAUGGAUACAAUAGAGUUUGGCCUCUACAGUGCGAAUGAGUCACCCCAAAGCAGCUGCUCAAUAUGAAACACACAGUCAAAUACCACAUGAGAGCCACCGUGGCUUUGUGUCAGACACAGUGCUGCACUGAGAAAGCCCUCAGCCCACAUGCUUCAUAUUAUUCUGUUUGGAAUUACUUGCCUACCUGCUGAGGUGUCCAAGGCCAUCAGUAUAAGUCAGAUUCUCAAAGCUCAGCUCUUUUAUUUUUUUUUUUGCGAGAAAUACUAGAAAGCAGUUAUUUACAAAGGUUUCCCCCUUUACCAUCAAGUUGUGAUUGCACACGCAGCAACAUAGCCGCUCUGUCUCCACGGUGACGAAAACAGCCAAACAAAGCAGUAGUGUUUCUAUAUUAAUUUGUCACAUUUGUUGAAAAUAAAUCAAUACAACAUGUCCACACUAAGUUAUUCGCUUAAACUGAAUGGUUUGGGGAAUUGCCUAUUGAUCUGCGUGUGAAACAGUGAGAGUCAGAGUGUGUGCGUGUGUGUGUGUGCAUGUGGAAAAAGGGGAUGGAAAAAGUAUUGUGCCCGCAGUGGCCUUGUGGAGGCUCGGAGAGUAUGAUAGGCAGCACGGUGUGGGUGUUCCAUAUUAAUUUCUCUAUAGGCAAAGGGCGGCAGGUGCCUGUGAGGUGAGAGGAUGUGUGGGUGCCGUACCUGAAGAGAAAAUUAAAACCCUGCGAUCAGAAUCAAAUUCAUGUGAAGAUUCUGUGUCAUAACGGUGGUAACAAGAAGCCUCAGGAUCUAUCGGCGCUCCUGAGUGAAAUGCAUGUAAACAUAUUCACAAGACGGCUGCAGGGGAUCAGCCUGUGCAGCCAAGCAUAGGCUCUGUGAUAGCAGCGUGUUCCCAAACAAACACAGGCACCCAUUAAAAUGGAAUAAGCACAGACAGGGUAAAAAAAAAAAAAAAAGAGGGAGAGGAAAAGGAUGAUGUGUGCUUUGUCUUAGAUCUGGUUGAUGAAUCGGAAAAGGCCUAACUCGUAUGAAUACACAAGACGCUUAAAACAAAAAAAAAGAGAGGAUCAAAACGUGGAUGAUGGCAGCAUUCAUGACAUUUUCAGCCUGUAUCAAAGGUCAGAAUGGGAUACUGCACUUCCUUUGUGUCCAAUGACAUUUACUUUUACAUUAGCGCUUUAGCUAUUUAGCCAUCGUAUGCUUUAAAUAGUGUGUGGGUGCAACGCUUUUUUAAAGCGCUGGCAACACACUGCUUUAACAAAAGGCUUAAUAAAAAUGAUUACGUUCACAUUGAUAAAUAUCAGGUAGAUUUUGAAGUUGACGAAAAAUAAUCAAAGAUUUUAACCUCUAAUUAGCGUGUUUUUAUGCAGAUUCGUAUCAGAGCUGGACAUGAUAGGGACAUAUGCCGAUAUUGCAGUUUCAAACAGGAGGAGAGAAGAAGGAGGACAUCUGAGGGCUACUGCUGGGCCAUCCAUCUGUUCUACAUUUGGAUUGAUACAUAUAGGCUAUCAGUGCACUAAUGAAAAGCCUAGUGGAUGCUUUAUAAGACUGAAGCAAGUGUAAAAUAUCAAUUCUGAUGGAGCUGUGGAUGCAUGUAUGUGCAGGAAUAUGCAAACAAAUGCACGUACACAGGAGCAAUUACUGCCUCCGAAUCACACAGCCAUCGCUCUGCAAAGAAAACAAACGGCCAUUUGAAAGUGUCGUAUCUUUGAUCUGUUUUAGCUGAAGAGGAGUAGCAGAGAAUAAAAACAGAGAAGAGAAAGCCUGUAUCAAACCCCAUGAAAUCAUAAUAAAGAGGUCCGAGCCGGGCGAUAAAUGCAUUUCAGUGGCAUAUAAUGAUUGAUUCCGUCUGCCGUAGGAGCUUAUUCCCUGCAGGCAUGUGGCCCCUUGACCAGCCAUAUAUUAUUCAUAUAAAUAUAGAUAGCUGCGCAUCUCAGAGGCUGCACACAUGCCACAUUUGCACCUGCAGAUUCAAUUUGGCUCUGACUUUGAGGGAUACGCCGCCGGCUCCUCUCUCUCUCCUCUCUCUUCCUCCUCCUCCUCCUCCUUCUCACACCUCCCCUCUUUCAUUCUGGCUAGCAGCAAUACAUGGAACAUUAUGCAGAUUUUUUUGUCAAGAGAGUGUGAUUUUGUUGAGGGAGAAAUGAGUGUUGGAAUGUUCGCUACGCCUUUGACCUUAUCAGCGGCAGCCCCUAAGCUGGAUACCUUGGCUUAAUUUUAAUGGAUGCAGCACGAGGCGAAUUAGACAAGGAGACCUAGCUGUGCUCUUUCACAGCAAGGCGCAGUAUGCAUGCAUUAUGCGAAUGAGCUUUGUUUUUCAUGUUCUCGGCGAGGACACUGUCGGCUAAGUUAAACAUGCAUGCCCGCGUCUGCAAAUGCAUGCUUCUUUAAAUGGAUUUGUGUGCAUUUCUGGCUGCUGUGUGGGUGCACGAGUGCAGGUGGGCGUGCUAUAGCGUUCAAUAGUGCAGCAUGUGUGUUCUCACUCACUCAGCCCAAGGGCAUGUCUUGUCCAGAAAAGGGCGGAAAAAGCAGAGACAGGGUUCCUGUGGUUAAUUUGGAACAUUGAUUUUACAUUAACAGUUGGCUCGCUACUGAUUCAUGGCCGUUCGUGGUUCCUAUCCUCUCCCACACACUCACAUAUACAUAAACCUGAAGCUUCAUUAUGCAUACACACCACAUAGAAGUUUCCCCUUUAAUGGACUCUUCCUUACCUAAGAGAAAGUAUAAUAGCAAAUCAAUGAGGUGAAGGGUGGAGGGAGGGACAGUCAAGCCUUCAGGAGGCUUCCACCCUCUAAAGGGCUUACCCAGAAUGUCUGCUGAAAGUUGAUUGGUUGUGUCACUGCCGCUCUACAUGUCCACUGUGAUUCUGAGUCCUCAGGAGGUUGAAUAUUUUCUCUUUAUCCUGCUCUCACAUGAGAAGAAAAAUCAAUGUAUGAAAGACAAAUGCUAAAAAAACAGUAUACUAUCAUAAAGCUUACUUUUGUGAGCCGAGUCAAAAUUAUCUGGCCAGUUACGCUCCAGUUAUAUUUCCUGUUAGAAAAUUCUGUGGGUAAAGAUGUUUUAAUUUCUGUCAAGAGGAAAGAAAAUUUUUCAAUUCAUAACAAAAUGAAAAAUAGGUUGAUUUUACUUGUAAAUGCAUUGGACGGUGGCUGACAUAGUAAUUUCAAUAAGUAAAAACAAGCACAACAAAAACUGAUCAGCAUUUCAAUAGCUGUCUCUACACACAAAAAAUGCAUCCACAAUACUGAUAAUUCAGUCACUAAGGAAGUAAAAUGUUAAGUUAUUGAUGUGCAAAUGCACAAAAUAAUCAAACAACAACGACAAAAGAAAACGGAUAAAUAAUGAUGGCACAGGAGAGUGGGAAGAAGAGCUUUGUGUACGGUGGACAGUGACUCACACAGCGGAAUUUAAUAUGUUCCAGCAGAAGCAACACAAGCAAAAACCAGGACCAAAUCACAUCUUUUUUGGGGUUAACAAAGUCAUUUGGCGUGGUCCAAAAUAAACACGCACAGACUCUGUAAAUAGGACUGACUGUCUCCUGAGACGAUAUGCAGAUAGUCUAGAUUUGGCACAGCAGGGGUGACAAGUAUUGAGAAUGCAAUUAGGCUGACAGCAAACAAGCAGAGAGACAGUGGGAGGCCCACAAAGAGAAGACUGGAACCUUGAUAUGCAGGAGGAAAAGUCAACCGCUUACUUUCUCUGUCUACUUUCUCUUUCAUGGAUUUCCAAGGGUUGGAAGAGCAUUGAAAAAUUCAGGAAGAGAAAAGGACAUGGUUUAUAAAAGAGAUUUAUUGGUGGCUCUAUUAUGAGGAAAGAAAAUGAGAGAGAAGAGGUUGAAGGAAGAAAAAGCAGGAAAGAGUGGGGGUGACUAGAAGAAAAAAGCCUUGCGAGGCUUUUUACCAGUGGAUCAAAAUUCCCACUGAACCAUUUCCACGAUGCAAAGGCUACUCGCUUGAAAGAGGAGGCAAUUCUGCCGCGCCCUACUUUCCACUUACGCCUGACCUUUAUGUCUUCCAACCAGUUUUACACCAGCGAGUGUAAUGUCUACCUCUCAGCAGAUGCAACACUGCCUUGUUACCACUUAAAAGUGUGCAGGUCUCAUAAUCAUCUCCCCAAAGAGCCAAUAUGCUCUCUGCUGAAACCAUACAUCCACACUUACUUCACAGCUUGAUCUAAAUUUGCUUUUUCCAUGAUGUCUGUAAUAACCUCUCAUAAAUAUGCGUUGUAGAACCAGAAACCUGUUACCAAUUCCCAGAGGAUAACUGAGUUUAACAGGAAAGGCAUUCCCACUGAGCAUUUUUUUGGUCUAAAAGAGGUCCAAUAGUUGUCUGAAUGUAGCCUGGUCGAAAAUCAGGCUACCACAGGUCUCAAAAUGAAGUUUUUAGGCGUCUGAAUUUAGACCAAGUUUAGACUAAAUCUAAAUGUGGGCUGUAUCUAUACUACACUGUAUAUUGCACAACGGCUAUCAUAAUUAUUUUUGUUAAGUACUUAGAGAUCAGUUAUGCAACUCACAGUUGCUUUUUGAAAUAAAUAGUUAUUGGUUAAAGUGCAACUGUCUAAAUUCUGUCUAAAAAUACACAGAAUCUAGAUGGUUGAAAUUAGGUCUAAAAAAAAAACUAGAUGUCUAAUAGCCGUCGAUUGCUCAGUGGGUUUUUACAUGAACUGUUUGUCAUGUCAAAUUGUCAUCGCAGAGAUGAGCCAAAUUUCAACGGUUAUGUCUCAUAUGAUCGUCAUUAUCUGUUGUUGAUUUUUUUUUUUGUCGCUGUCUGUCCAUCGCCUGGUCUGUCCAUCUGUUUGUGCAGUUUCACUGUCCCUCAGUCUAACCCCCUCUCUUGCCUGGCUGUUUACCACAGAUGGCUGUCUACCAAUAAAUCUAUCCCUGUCUGUGUUUUUGUCUCCACAUGUUCCCUUUCACUUGUCCAUAUAUGUUCUCUCUCUCUCUCUGUCUCUGUCUCUCCCUUUAUUGCAGCUAUCUUGCGGCAGAUGUCUGCCUACAAAUGAAUCUGGUUUUUCUUGAGUUUUCUACCUGCCAAACCAAAGCUUUUUUUUUUUUUUUUGGUAGAUUAAUGAUGGCUGACAUCAUUUUCACCUAGAUAAGCUCCGUGAUGUAAAGCAUCAUGAAGUAAUUUGGUCCUUUUUGAUGAGCACAGAUUGAUGGAUUAAUAGGUAACCCUGCAGCCACAGAGCUUUCAUGAUUACAGAACCUGUGACAAAGCAAUAACCUUUAUGUCCUCUCUCUGCUAAGCCCCAUCCAAGCUCUGUGAGGCCAGGUGCAGGAUUUAUAACUCAUUCCAAUAAACAGGAUAAAACAAAUAGCGCUGCCCGCCUGUUUGGCUCCAUGGCAGACUUUGAGUCAAGCUAGCCUGAAUUAGCACUGCAGAGUCACAGGGACCGAUGCUUUCUGCUCCCACUGUGCACACUCAUUAAUUCAAAGUGGUCAUAUCUCACUAGUCUCUCAUCAAACUGUAUUUGCGCCAUUACUGUCCAGAACAGCCACAGUGUUAAUGUAAUGAAGGCAGCCUUGUGGGAAAGUCAGUGUAAAGUGUUGCCAAGAUGUGAAAGAAAAUGCUUUUCACCUUGACAGUGUCUGAACCUCUUAAAUAAAAGCUGCGUUCCAAUUUUGGUGCAUCAUGAUCCGUCUGGCUCCUAUUCCAGAUAAGGGUAAAUGAUCUGAAGUGUGUGCCAGGGUUGAAUGAACGUUUCCGAGAGUUAUGCUUGGUUUUACCUGAUGACAACAGUAACAUGCCAGCGUAAAUGAGUGGCAUUGAAUGAGGAGAAAUUCCAGGUUUUUGCAGUACUGUCAGACUAAUUAAAAGUGGAAUCAGAGACUAAAUGGAACAGCCGAGUUCACGAGCCAGAUCCUAACAGAGACACAACAGGUUUUCGGCUGGAAUAUGCCAAUAAAUAUAGACAGAUGCGGUGAAGGUGAUGCAAUAACACUCGUGAAAAUUAUUCUGAAUUAACACCUUGUUGAAUACUGUCAACAAAUCUAGAUUAAUUUCAUUUGUAGGAUAGAUCACUUGUAGUGAUGAACCCUUUGAUAAUUAUAACACAAUUUAUGGACCAGGCUGGCACACUGGCAGACUUUUUUUAGCAGGUGUGCUGUACAGGUUUGACAUUAGUUUUUUACAUCACUGCAUUAGCAUCAUUUUUCUACAACGAAGGCUGCUGCUUGUUGAGUUGAGAAUUUAUUUAUUUUUAUUUAUUUAUUUUUUCAUUUAUUUAGACAGGACAGUACCAGUUCAUGGACAAGGAGAAGAAGACAUGAUACAAGAAGUCUAUUCUCAUUGUAAACCAGCCGGAGUUAGCUAAGGCUAAUUUUCAUCCGUUGUCCUCAAACAGAAAAGCAACAAAAAACAAAACAAAAAACAGGAGGAAAUAACAAACAAACAAAACAAACAAACAACAAAAAAAUAUAAAAUAAAAAAACAGACAACAAUACAGUAGCAGACGACAAACACGACAAAUAUAAAAACAGGGGCAGAGUAGACCACUGGUGGAAGGUGCUUAGUGCAUAGAAAGUGCCUAGUGCUUCAAAGUACCAAGUGCCAUAAAGUGCCUAGUGCCCAGAGAAGCAAAACCUGAGUUCGAAGUAAGAAAAAGGCCGUAUUACCAUUAUACUGGCGAGUGGUCAAUCCUGAAAGACUGACAGGUUCAUUUUCUUUAUGACAACAAAAUGACAAACCUGAGAAAUGAAAUUCAACUUUUUUUAGCCAAUGCCAUUGAUUAAAUUAGAAAGAUAAGAUUUGGAAACUUAUAAUGCCAACAUGAGUAUUUGGCCUCAAAAAUACCAGUACUUUUUUUUCCAGGCUUUUACAAAAAUAAUUGCUCCGUUUUCUUCCGCUGGGAUUUAUAAUGUCUUUUAGCUUACAGGGUAGUUUUUGCUGUUCUUCCCAAUGAAACAACUCUAAAAACACACUUAGUGCUUCCUGCUCAGCACCACAAGGCAAACACAGAUAUUUACUGACUAGCUCAAGAGAGCUAUUACUGGACUUUGUAGCCAUAAACACAAAGCUAUGUCGUGUUAAUAAAUUUUCUCAUGUUUGGUUCAGAUGGUAACUGUUUUCUGUGUUUUGUUACAGUUUAUUACCGGUUUAACAACCAAAUAUUUCAGACCCAACCAUUUUAUAUUUGGAGUAAUCAAAGGACGCUGUUUUUCACACAGCUGGUGCCGCCCUGAAACAAACCAGACACCAGGAGCUUGUUUGCUGUAAUGUUCGCAGUCAGGAUUAACACCAACGAAAGAGAAAAGCCCAUGGGCUACACUGUCAGCCGGCUACUGUAAUAGAGGUGCUUUGGAGACCACAGCUUGAAUGAUUGUCCACCCCCCUUCCACUGACACCUGGGAACUCAUGUUAGCUCCAUGAGUGAACACUUUAGCCUGACCUAUAAAACGCUCCCAUUGGCUCCCCAAGCAAAUGUCAAUGCUUACAUCCAAUGCGUUAGACAUUAGGGCAACCAGAGAUCCAAUUUCAUCUCUGUAGUUUUUAAAACCAGCUGCUGAUUGUUUGUCUUUUGGCUUAAGGUUACUAAAGUGUUUUCCUGGCUCAUAAUACACGCAUCCAUCUUUGGAUUCUAUUAGCAACAGCUCUAUUAACCACAUUUCUCUUUGUCCAACAAUCGCACAGCCAGACUCAAGUUAUUGCCAGCUGCAGCCAAAUUAAACGCAAUAUGUUUCUAGCUUCAGAGGACCGUGUUUUCUUCCAAUCUUUAAGUGGGUUUUGGCUAAUUCCUGUGCCUGACACAUUUGCCAAGGUUGAUAUUUCCUGCAAUGACAGCAUUCUUGGGAUCACCAGAGGUUAAUACACCACUACACUACAGAUACCACGGCGAGUUCCUCCUCUGGCAAGUUACUCUGUCCUCCAGAUCUCUCCACUCUCUCUGUUUCACUCCCCCUUCCCUCUCGCUUCACCUCAAUUACCAGCAACUGAGCAGUGAAUUGUGGGGAAAUUAGUUCUACAUUGUAGCAGAGGGGUGGGAGGGGGGCUGCAGCCGGGUAGCUUAACUGGACCUCUUACUAAUAGGUUGGUACAAGCUGUGUGUGGACUCCAUCCCCAAACUAGUCACGGUGCAAGGCCAGGAGUACAAAGACUGUCACUUCACUGGGCUUUAGAUAAUGCAUUGGUACAGCAGCAAUUUAAAUGUUCAACUACCUGUGGAUGAUAAGGGUAGUUUACUUUAGAUGAUGCAGUUUGCUAGAGCAUAUCUACAUGAUAGGAAAAUAAUGAAAUGCAGUAUCUGUGCUUUUAAAAAGCACAAUUUGUCCGUCCAAACAAUUUGUCUUAAUGGAAGCUGUGCUGUUAAAAGCUUUUCCAUUUUGCUGAUGCAUUAACACAUUUUGAUUAAGGAUAGGCUGACUGUGCUCAGAGGAUUUUCCACUCGUCGUUUACAUUCAUCUUAUUCGAAAGCAUCUGCUGUCUAAAUAUUUUCUGUGUUUGUAUUUCAUAGCCCUUGAUUGUCAAUACUAGAAACUGUUUUAUCAUAUGACUAAGUCAUUGAGUCAACGCUUUUCUACUCAAGACUCCAACAACUUCCACAGCAGACACAUUGUCACAUGAGAUGUCAACCCAAAUUUAGACAGCAACCCCUAACCGCUGACUCCAGAUCUUUCACUUUAACAGCAUUUACUGGGAGCUCAGUUCAGACAAUAAAUUCAAUCCAGGACACCAAAUUGCUCAACACAUUUCAUGGUCGUUUCUUUAACAGGAAAAUGUUUGGGGUGUUUAAGAUGCUCUGGCUCCCUGAAUAUAUACAGUGAUAAUUUGCACACAUUCAAGACACAUUUAUAUGAAAAAGAUGAGAGUAACCCUUAAUCUAAAAUUCUUCAUUGAAUAUGUUAGUACAAUUGUAGUUGAUUUACUGUCAAGGCUGGAGCUUAAUGUUUAAAUAAAAAUGUGCUUGUCUGACGUCCAUUAAACAACCAUAUUUUGAAAUUAUAUAAGAUGCACAAUGGUGCAGCUAGGUCCUUGUUCCUAUACUUACUUAAACGCUGCGGGUCACAUUGAUUGACUUGGCAAUAUAGAGGAAAAAAAGGACCUGAACGCUGUCAGGCUGUCAAUUUGCUCAGCAAAAGCUGAAAAAAAAAAAAAAACUUCUCCAUUGAUUUAAAAAGAAUAAGAGGCCACAUGCUUCAAAUUCUGGCUUCAUCUUGGUGGGAAGAGGAGGAUUAACUAUCAACCAGAGUGUAAUAUGCCUGAGUGAAACCACAGAGCUUGAGCACAGCAUUGAUCAGCAUUGCAAUCUCCAACAAGCUGAUUGGGAUUACAUCCUGAGAAAUGUACCCAUUACUGAGUGUACUGCUUUUAUAAAAGGAAAUAAACAUUAAACCAAUGGUAAAAACAAAACAAAAAAACAAACAAUAAAAUAAAAUUCUCUGUCGCUUAGUGGAUAUGACAAAUGCAUUUAAACAACAAAUAAAGCCUUCAGUAGAAUGUUUGUUAAAAAUGAAGAUCAAGUGUAUUUUUUUGCAUUUUAUCCCUGUUUUAUGUAUGGUUAUGCAGCAUAUGUUAGACAGCUGUUCCAUAAAGAUGGAUUUGUGGAAUGUUACUCGGUAAUCGAGCCAAUAAAAAAUAAAAAAUACUGUAAAGUCUGAUCAGCUGUACAGACUGUAAAGUUGAAACAUCAAAGUUGUAGCAGUUAGAGAGUAAAACACACACUACUGACCACAAUCAGGCAUAAAACAAAGAUUUUCAUGAAGCAAGUGCUGGAUUAUCAUUAACUGAAUUUUAUCCUCACUAAUUAGCAGGGAAUAUGUCUGCUGGCCACAGCAUCUUGCAAAAUGUCCGGUAAAGCCGUCCUAAUUCCAUCCUAAAUUUAUGCCAAUGUGGGACAUCAGACAUUAACACUAAAAUAAAGACAACAAUGAAUUCCAUCGUGCAAUCUGUCUCUCCUACUCUCAGCCACGUCCUUCCAGAUUAUGUAAUGCAUGAUUCAAUAUGCUGUGAAAAUUGGGCAGCACUGUUUUACAUUCGGCACCACGAUCCACACCAACACUUCCUGUUGUUACACCGCUGCUUAACAGAAAAUAUUGAUCACAAAGGAAAGCCUUGGCCUACAAAUGUCCCCCCUGACACUAUUAACUAUAAUCAUUUGUAAAACAAAUAUUGGACAAUAAAGCUUUGCAAUAACAAUUAUCCUGAUUACGCUACAUGGCUGGCGAUUGUGAUUACUAUAGAAUAAAAUCAGAGGUGAGGUCCAAACGCUGUAGGCUGAAUUACAGACUCUGGCCUGUGUUUCCCGGGCACAGAUCAACGGUGUAGCACACAAUGAAGAGCCAGUGCUGAGGGAGGGGAGCUAAAGCCUGUUUAUCAGAAUGCUUGUGGUGUUGCGGCUUAUUAAAGUGCCAGGUGCUUUUGAAAAAUAAUCCCGCUCUCUCCUCUUUCUUUCUCUCCCUCACCCCUCUAAACCAGACUCGAGCCAAUGCUGGAGCAGAGGUUGAGGAAUGAACCCUUGGCUCAGUUUUGCCAGCGGGGCAAACUGCACCGUUUCUGCUGCCUUCAGAAGUUGUUAUUUAUUUAUUUAUUUCUAUUAUAUUAUUAUUUUUCUCCACAUCUCCCCUGUGGCCACUGAGCUGGAGACAGCGCGGUUGAUGAAAUGAAACCAUUUCUCUCCUUUCUUGUUCUCACUUCCCAGCUGCCGUCACACUUAUUCUCUUGAUUCUUUCCAUUUUAUCUCCUGUCUCUCACGACUUUUCCCAUGAUGUGGGGUGUGCUCUUAUGGGCCCAAAAUAUCACAAGCGCCAUCAAGCCCAUCUGUUCUGUAAGAGGCGGUUACGUACAGCAAAUUACAUGGUACACUUCAAGUGCAGAGCUUGUGCUUUAUAGCAGCGGGCAAUAAGGGUGAGAGUUAUGUGAUGGUUAAAGAGGCACCGCACAAAAAAAGAUGUCUGACAUUUAAACGAUUAUUUUCUUUUAUUACAAAAAGGGAAAUGUAAAUUUUAAUUACAUCAUAAAGCAGAUGUAAUAGCACCUAGCUGAAUGAAAGACUAGUUUUGAUAGUCAGCCCCUUUAUGUUCUAAGGCAUCAUUGAAUGAUUAAGUAUAUACAGGUGUUAAACAGGUUCUUAAUUAAGAUGCAUUGUAGAAAUGCUGCUGUUGUCAAGCUUGGGAUUACUUGAUCAAACAAAUAAAUGGUAAAAUGGACCUCAAAAUAAAACUCACCGUUUUUGAGUAGCUUAAUUAUCUCAAGUCUGGAAAUGAUGUACCAAUAAAACUAACAAGUGACUCUUUUGUUCUUUGUUAACCAAAAUUAGGUUUGUGACCUUAAUACUAGAUAAAUCAGGUAGAAUUUCUUAACAUUUUGCAAGCGAUGUAUUCAAAUUAAGCAUUUAUAUGCUAAAAGAUUGCAGCCAGAAAUGUUCUGUUUCUGUCUUUUUUGGCAUCCCCUGUGGACAAAGUGAUAUUCCUAAUAUCUUUGCUUAUUUAGCCCUGUAUGUUCUGACAAAAAUGUCAUCCCUCUUUUUUAAGCCACCCAAUGAGAACUUUUGCCGAGGAAUAAGUUUAACACUAAAAGGCCUCGUCUGACAUCCAUCCUCUUUGCAGCGGUUGUAACUGUUAAAAAUUAGGUUAUAAAAACACUCAGUCUUUGUGUUAAGGGUCUUGUUAUCUUUUGUGGGUCAUAAAAGAGAUAUCAGUUAAUUUUAGUCUGUUUUAAAACCAGUUAAAAAUUCCUCACAGAAGCUUUAAAUAUAUGAGUCAAUUGCAUGUUUAGACUAAAAUCCUAUUCAUUUCUGUUAUUAUGGAUGUGAAAAUUACAGCUGCAAAUCUGUGAGUGAAAAGGCCAAAUGAAAAUUAUCCAUAGCUUUUUAUUUCAUGCUCAUUCAGUACGCUAGGGAGUAAUUUUAUAGAUAGAAGGGGAAAUGGGUAAAUGAGUAAAUGAAGGAAACAUUCCUGUUUUUUUUUUGAAGGUGGUGUUUUAUUAGUACAACUAUGAAUAUGAUAUGUGAUUUAACUAGACCAUUUUCAAGUCUUGGUGUAAUUGCAUCAAAUCUUGAUUAUGUUUUGGUCUCAUGACUGUGGAAAAUGUUGCCACUGAGGAAGUGCAUGACCUGUUUUUUCGCUAAAUGAAAUUCUGACAUUGUAGAUUUGUUGAUUGCUCAAGGAUGAUCUGUUUACACAUAAAUGCAUUUGCAUUUUCAAAGGCUGUUAUUUCUUGAGCACAAAGGUGUAAACUGCAGAUGUCUUGAAUAUCAGAAUGUCAGAGAGUACAGCUUGACUAGUUCUGCAUGGUUUGUGUUACUGGCUGCCUAUUCAUUUACUCGUUGCUAUAGUGACUGACAUACUCCAUUGCCUUUAAACAGGAUGCUCUUAGGGCUUACGAUUAAACCCCCAGGGUGUUUGCCAUUUAAGAGUCUUAAUAAAGCCAACUCUUUGAAAAAUGAAAGACUCACAUUGCUUACACAAGAACUGAAGUCCACAUGGUGGGGACACACGCCUAAGUCCCUUGAAUUAAGUGUAGAAGGUCAAGCAGGUGUAAAUCUGUGAUUUUCUGUCUUUGAGGGAGCAUGUUUAAAUGUCAACAGGCAUCACAGUGCAUAUAACAAAUGUCAAUAUGACCAAAUCCCUUUCUUAUGGUAUUCUCUGAUCAUCUGGAUUUUUACUAAAUACUUAUACCUCUUCUUUUUGUCUUUUUGUCUUACACAGGUAGGAAUGGAGCCAAGUGUGGAUUGUGGAAGAUAGUCACGACAAUCAAUGAGGACACCGACCUUUAGAGAAAGACCUGAAUAUCCAUGGAAACCUACGAAUCUGCUCAACUCCAUCCUCAAAUCCUUUGAAGUAUAAUAAUAAGUCCAUCUGUUUUUUCUUUUUUCCCCCUCCCUUUUUCUUGGGUCUGUCUGACUGCAGCCUCAGCCACGAACCCUGACACCAACAGGCAACACUGAGUGAUUGGUCAUUACUUCCAAGGGCGUCUACACAGCAAGACAAAAAAAACCCCAGGGAGCCCUGCUGCAGUUGGUGGCGGUGGUGGCAGGGGCGGUGAGUCAAUCGCCUCAGCAGCUGCAGCAAAUGAUUCAUUAUUUGCAGAGUUAACAGCUCAGACCACUUAAUCUACAAGGACCAAUUUCUUACUGGAGGGAAUCGGUCCAAUAUGAAGGACGUGUCAUUUGUGGAUCGUCUCUUUGUUGGCUUGGCCAUGGCCUCUUUUGUUUUGGCCACCGAGGAGAGGUCUGAUUGCCCGAAGCUUUGUGUGUGUGAGAUUAGACCCUGGUUUUCUCCAAGUUCAGUGUACAUGGAGGCACAGACAGUUGACUGUAAUGACUUGGGACUCUUUAGCUUGCCGGAAAAAUUACCACUGGGCACACAAGUACUGUUACUGCAAACAAACAAUGUUGCUAAAAUUAACCGACCCCUGGAUUACCUGGCCAACAUCACAGAGAUUGAUCUAUCCCAAAACAACUUGUCCUCCAUCAGUGAUGUCCAUCUGGGCAAUCUUCCCCAGUUGCUUUCUCUUCAUAUGGAGGAAAAUUGGAUACGAGAGUUGCCAGAACAAUGUCUUGCAGAGAUCCCAAACCUUCAGGAGCUUUACAUGAACCACAACCUCAUCUCCUCAAUUUCCCCAACAGCUUUCCAAGGUCUCGGCAACCUUGUACGACUUCACCUCAAUUCGAACAAGCUCAAAGAUAUUAAAAGAGAGUGGUUUGAACCCAUGCCAAACCUCGAGAUCCUGAUGAUUGGCGAGAAUCCGGUGCUUUCUAUUGAUGAUAUGAACUUCAAACCUCUCAGUAAUCUCCGCAGCCUUGUGCUUACCAGAAUGAAUCUGUCCCACCUUCCCGAUGAUGCACUGACUGGACUUGAUAACCUAGAGAGCAUCUCCUUCUAUGAUAACAUUUUUUCUGAGGUGCCUCAUUCUGCCCUCAAAAAUGCUAAAAACCUCAAAUUUCUGGAUCUUAAUAAAAAUCCGAUAGCGAGAAUACAAAGAGGAGACUUUGUGGAUAUGUUUCAUUUGAAAGAACUGGGGAUUAACAGCAUGCCAGAACUUGUUUCCAUCGACAGCUUUGCCCUAAAUAACCUCCCUGAGCUGACAAAAAUAGAAGCCACCAACAAUCCCAAACUCUCCUACAUCCAUCCUAAUGCUUUCUACAAACUACCCCGUCUGGAAACACUAAUGCUAAAUGGGAAUGCGCUCAGUGCUCUCCACAGGAUUACUGUCGAGUCCCUCCCAAAUCUCAGAGAAGUUAGCAUGCAUAGUAACCCCAUCCGCUGUGACUGUGUAGUCCGCUGGAUGAACAUGAACAAAACCAACAUUCGCUUCAUGGAGCCGGAUUCACUCUACUGUGUGGAGCCUCCAGAGUACGAGGGCCAGCAUGUCCGACAGGUGCACUUCAGGGAGAUGAUGGAGAUUUGUCUGCCACUCAUCUCUCCCGAAAGCAUGCCUGGGCAUAUUAAAGCAAAGAACGGGAGCUCAGUGUCUCUCCACUGUCGGGCUUUUGCUGAACCUGAACCAGACAUCUACUGGAUCACUCCAUCUGGUACCAGAGUCCUGCCAAACACCGUAUCGGACAAGUUCUACAUGCACCCAGAGGGAACUUUUGACAUCUAUGAUAUAACAGAAAAUGAAGCUGGGCUCUACACUUGUGUGGCCCAUAAUCUGGUUGGAGCUGAUCUGAAAUCCGUUUCAGUAGAGGUGAAUGGAUUCUUUCCCCAGCCUGAAAAUGGGUCUUUGAAUGUCCUCAUUAACACAGUGGAGAUAAACUCCAUCCUGGUUUCGUGGAAGGCAGGUCCUGGAACCCUGGCCUCCAACAUUAAAUGGUACACAGUGACAGAUGGUAAUCAUCCCACCACAGCGUUUACCACCAGGGUCCCAUCUGACAUUCAGGUCUACAACCUAACCCAUCUCAGCCCCGCCACCCAAUACAAAGUAUGUGUGGAUGUUCGCAGCAUCCACUACAACCAUGACACCAAAUGUGUCAAAGUCACCACUAAGGGAUUAGAGCUGACAGUCAAGGACACGGAAAAAUGGGACGCAGCAGUCAUCACUGUCUUUGGUGUGCUCUUGGCGGUGGUUUCAGUGGCAUGCCUGCUUAUUUAUGUGUCUCUGAGGAACCACCACCUUUAUGGGAAUAUAAGGAAAUGGGAUUCCAAAGCCUCGCUAACACCACUGGAAGCUACUGGUGUGAACUCUCCUUUCUUUACAAAGCUGUGGGUUUCGGGUAAGGGACUGCCAAGCGGAGUGGAAGUGAAAGCAACAGUGAUAAAUGUAUCUGACAAUGCCUUUUAGAAGCGCAGCUUUGUAGAGCACCUCACAACAACUACACGGAAAGGACAAGGCAAUGGGCAGGGGGGUGGACGAUGCGUGGUACUGUUUCAAAGGCAUACCCAUUGCUGGUCCCCCGCUCAGCUACCCUGGCAAAACUAUUUAGGGACUGGGAUGGAACAGUUAAAAAUAGACAACAUGCUCUCCCAGUUUCAACCCUUGCUGAAGUGGUGGCUUUGUAAUCGCUAACAUCAACAGGAAGGGGCAUUUACUGCAAAAAGAUAUAUUUCAGUACCAUUCAUAGAGAAACGCAGGCAGAGGAAAGAAAGCGAAGCUGAUGAUGAUGAUGGUCAACUCUCUUGUAAUUGACUGUUAAAUGUGUUAAGAGUUGUGGAACUGUCUGUGUGGUCCCAAGCAAUACCGUCUGUGCUUUGUAAAACCUCCAUAGACGAGUUAGAGAUACAGUAAUAACACCUGUCUAUCACGGGAAGGGAGAUUUAGUAGAGUAGACAAAUAACAGUGACUAUGGUGUAAGCCUUUUGAUGAAAUAUACCCCCCUUUUCUAUUUAAAAAUGGAUUCUUGAUUUUUCAUGGAAAUAUUGUUAUAUAUUCUAUUAUGUUGAUGUAAUGACAAAUCCUCUGUGUCUGAACAGUUUAAAUGGGUUUUAAAUUGAGGCAAGGAGCAGACUACUUUUGAUUACAACGUCACAUUAAGCUUAAUGAAAUUCAGCUUCAAAAUGAGCAUCUAGAGAGGACAUUUGCCAAAUGGCUGUUUAUGCUGUGUAGUUCUCAUUGCAAUGGUGACUUGGAAACUAUGAUGUGCUGGACUAAAACUAAUUGAACAGGUUGAUUAAAGCUGAGGUGAUUGAUGUGUUGUCUCCUCAAGAAGUGGUCUGUUAUGCCCUGGUAAGUGCCUACAACAAGAACUACAUGUGGUAAACAGAGAAGAAGAAGAAACACGUCAGCCACAGCAAAACACGGCCAUCUCAUCAUUGCAGAAUCACAAGCUCUUCUCUUCUCCAGUACUUUUAGUGGAAAUACUUUCUCAGUAUUUUUAGCAUACAUAUUUUAAGAAGACAUUUCAUUGUUGCUUUGGAUGUAAAGUUAAAAAGCCAUUUUUAUAUUAACUGUACUAUAUGUGAUCAAUGGGCACAACAGACUAAUUAAGAAAAGUGCUAAGAAAAAAAAUAAAUGUCAUUGUUUCUUUUACAAAGAAUCGGCUACUUUUCUCUUUGACUUUUUUUUCCUGUUAAUUGCUGUAACCUUAUUCAUUCCUCAGUAAAAUGCACAGUGUAAUUAUUCUUUUUUUCCUUUAUCUGACCAGGGCGCUACGUGAAAUGUUUAAAGACCUAUAUCUGUGACAUUUCCACUGCAAGCAUGUACAGCAAAAUAUUGAUAAUGACCAAGUGGUAAAGAACAAGAAAAUGUCUUUUGAGUCAGACCACAGGGGAAAAGUCAGGAGUCUUCGGCUGAAUGGUUGAAUGGCCACCCUGACCCAGGGAGGAAGAAAAAAAGCAGCAACAAAAGAACAGAACUCAUUAGCCGCCUCAUUAAGAACAUGUUCGUCCUUCAGCUGGUCUGAAUAUAGUCACUGUGCUUUAGCUGCAGCUGCUGCUGCUCGAACUCAGGCAGGGACACGGCGUCCCUACAACACAGAGAUAAAGUACAGUAGUGAAAAGUUGAAGCAGGUUGGUGCAGCAGUGGACUAUUUUAUUUGUCUCACUGAAUUAUCCGGCACAGCGAACAUUUCACAUGAGAAAGCCAAGCAUGAUGAAUGGCUGUCAGAGGCAGAGUGACACAGUGGAUUUAUCAAACAGGGCGUUACACUCAUACAUCAGGCCAGCCUUCAGCACCAUGGACAGAGGCUUUUAGAGCGGGGCUAUCUGUCAAAGACAAAGGGAGUUAAAAUAUGACACACUGUGCUUCUCAGGUAAUGUUCAGGUCAGGCCCCUUUGGAAAUGCAUGUACGAACUCACACUUGCAUAUGAGGCCAUAUGCCUGCGCUGAAACAUAUGCAGGUACACGCAUGCAUGUGAAGUCAAGGCCAAUUGCUAACACAGAGAGAUUCAUUUGUAAAGGACACAGACACCCACACUUACAACACAAACACACACUGAAGCACUACAUCAACAAACCUGUCAUACCCAGAGGUGUUUUGCCGCUUUAGUCUUCCAGAGUCUGCGGGCUUGAAGAAACACAACAUGACAGCCAGAAAAGCCACUAAAUGAGAUCACCGACCAAACAUGUUCUCUGAGAUUAUAGCAGCUCCUGGAUAUUAGCCAUAUUGUGCGCCUUAUUUUUUCUUCUUUUUUUUUUCACAGCUCAUGACUAGAUUACAUACUUGACUGAAUAAGCUGAAUGUUAUCCGCAAACUCAUCUCUCCUGCUGUCUGUCUCAAUCUCACACGUUUCAACAAUCUCUUUUUUCUCCCCCACUCCUCCCUCUUGCUGUUGUCACUCUUGCUCCUCUGGUAGGAAUGUGGGUUUGCACUGAACUUGUACAUUAAAGAAACCCGUAUUAGAGAAAAAAAAACCCUCUGGAUUGAACUUAAAUCCCACAUGAAAAGGAGCAGUGAGCUGUCACCCUUUAAUCCGCAGCGAGGAAGGAAAAAAUUAUGUUUCUUGCUGAAUCUUCAAAUAUUUCAAAUAUUUUAAGCACCUUGUUCUAUUAAAAAAAAAGAGAGCCAUCUGCUCUGAGGGAGAUAUUAAAGCACACUCUGCGAAGGCUUAUAAAUGGGUGCUACUGGUUACAUAUUCAUUUUAAUUUUGUAAGGAUCAUUGUCAGGGAAACUGAAAUUCAAUGGUGCCCUUUACACGCUCAAGGUGUUAGCUCACAUUUAUUUUAUCCAAAAACAAGACAUCAUCAAAUCAUUUGGCUUAUUAUAUCAGAUAAAUAGAAACAAAACUAAAAACCCUUAAUUUUGAAGCCUUUUGAAAUAAUGCAGAAUCACUCUGUUUAUUCAAACUGCUGUUGUAGCAAGUGACAAUACGCUGCUUUGGAGACUUAUUUCCUUGGACACAAAGAAAGACGCUUUCCAAACAGCCCUCAUUAGAUUUUACAAAUAGCUGAUAUCAACAGAAGUCUUGCUCAGAAAGUAGCCUGAUUUCAUAGGGAAUGUUCUCUUUUUUAGAGCUGCAAUAAAAAUAUUUAAUCACCCUUCUAUCUGAGAUAGUAUAAAAAAUGUUAUAGUACUGCAAGGGCGGCAGAAAACAAACAAUGUUCAGGCUGCUGCAGGCACUUUUAUAUGUUUGAAUUAUCAGCUUAUUAAAGUUACAAACUUCCACGUAGGUCAGGCAGCGUAGCUACAGGCAGCCACACUGCAACAAGGAGUAAAAUGUCACCAUGCAUUUACAAUCCGGCACUAUGUUUAAUGCCACUGCUUGCUUUUAAGAGGCCUUUGUGGCCGGCUAUUGCUGAGUUAACUAGAUGACCUAUGGAUUGUAAUAACAAAGCACUGAUUGCUUUCAUGACAGAAUAAAAAUGGGUUUUCCUCAUGGAGUAAGGUUUAGAAAAAAUACUCAUUAUGGACACAUUAUUGUUCAAGUCAGCUUGUAUUUUAAUUGAAUGUCUUUGCUGCAGUGGUGUAAGGUUUAUUUGUUUGCUGUCUGUCUUCUGAUAUGUCUACGCCACAGCUGAUGUUACUCCAGAUGACAGGUGACGUUUUCACAUACACCAUGUCUCACCAGUGAUGCACAAUUUUCCCCAGCACAUCGCUAUUCUGAACAUGCUUUGCCGUGUAUUUCCUGAAAAGUAGAGACAGAGUGUCACAGCAGAUUUGGUACAGCUCGUCAAAGCGCAGACCAGUCAAAAGCCAUUUGUGUGUGUGUGUGUGUGUGUGUGUGUGUGUGUUUCUGCUCCGUUUGGCCUCUUCCUGUCUCCAUUUCCAUUCCCAUCACUCCUAAGGCAUCCCUUACGUGCAGCUAAAUAAUUACUUGCUUUUUGUUCCCCCCCCUCCUCCGUUUCAGCAAUGCACACACAUCCACACGGCAAAUCCAAUAACAGUCAGAAGAACUGUCAGCCAAAGCACAGCCGCUAUUAGUGAGUUGCAUUUUGUACUAACCCAGUGUGCACUUGAUUCAUUAUUAAAACUUGGAUGACAUCAUUAAAACCUUAGAAUAUAAAGAAUGAAGCCCAUUUACUCAAUGCGGUUACUCAGGGUUUCUUAAUGCAAGUAACCCAACAUAUCGAUGUAUUCAGGUUCAUAAGUCUUCUGCCUGCUACAGUGAAACCCAACCAGGAUUAAAUAUCACCCCACAGAGGGCUUUUUCGCUAAUUGGAAGCCCCGUUCUCAAAUAGAUGAUUGGUUUCCGGGGCUACUGAUUGAUUGCUGCCUCCCUUUGUCUCACUGCUGUUUCCUUCAUGGGGUAGGCAUGCAGCCUGUAAAUGCCUGAGUCUGAUCAAUGCAAAGACUAAUGAGUUAUCCACGUGCAUGUGCUCACAUUAACGGUGGAUUGGGAUCGGAAAGAAAAAAAAAAAAAGUGAAUAGGGUCUGGUGCGACAAACAGGCUUCCAUUAGAGGACAUGAAGGAACAUCCUUUUCUAAGCAGGUUUUAUGAGGCUUUGUCAACCUCAUGGCACCUAUGCACCAUCACUCCCAUCAGAAUCAUUAGUGCUACAAAGGACAUCGGUAUUCCAGGAAGCACGCAUUAAUCAUCAGCGAACAUUAAAGUCUCAUUGUAAAAUGGUAGAGGAGCCACCUACUAUUAUAGUCCUUGUAUAAGUACCACCUUUUUUUAUACUGCGGGCCUGUUCACGUAGAGCCUCACUCAGACCCAUCUGUAAAAAGACCUGCUGCAGACUCCAUUAAGCAGAUGGCAGUGUGAAAAAGAGCCAGGUAAUAGUCGUUCAUGAAAGUUAUAGUAAACCAGUCUCCAUGACUGAGACGGUUAGUGCCUCAUAUUUGCAAAAGCAAAUACAAAUGCUUAUUUACAUGUUGGUAAUCAAGCACCGGCCAAAUGAUACAAAAUCUGCCCCUGAAUGUCUCAGAUUUAUGAGCAAAAACAGAGAACUUGGGUGUGAAAAAUGAGGGAAAAGGAUUGUAUGCAAGAAUGUUCGGAAACAAAUUACAAAAACAUGAAUGUGAAACUACUCCAUACAGAAAAAUACCUGUUAUUUGGUGUUGUAUUACUCAUCCAUUCUGGUGCUAUUUUCCUUUGACUUUCUCGUCUUUUUUUCUUACCAGGACUCAGAUCUCUGCAACAAUAAUAGUGCUAUAAUUUGCUGUUUUUUGGAAGGCAGAAAACCAAAUUAAGCAAUUUGGUUGCAAUAAACGCAACAACAGAUUGCAAUAGCAACAGCAUGAAAGGAAAGCAGAAAGGAAAACAACAAUACUGCUCAGACAUAGUAGCAUUGCAAAAAAAAAAAAAAAAAACGAUUUGGUUUUUGGAUUGCUGGCACAUCCAGACGGUUUUCUUUGUCUGCUGACAUUUAAGUGAGCUGGAAACAAACAAAUAAGACAACCAAAGGGAGGAAGUAUUGAUUUGCUGGAAAUUUGCUAAAUCUUUUGUGGUCAGACAUAACUUUAGAGUAAACAAACACGAUGUAUGACAGGAUGGUUGAUAAGCUUAAUGUUGCUAGUUGCGAGUCCUCUCCAGAUUGAACAAACAUGUGUUAAUGCUACAUAUCAACAAAUUAAUCCUCCAUUAUUGACAUCCAUCCUACAUUACUCUGAAUAUUGUUGCCGUGGUUACAUCUGCUGGGAUUUUUUCCUCGGUCAGUUUGCCCUAUGAUUAGCAAUCAUUUUAUUCAAUACAGAGUGUAAACUAAGCUGUCUUCCAACCACUAGGGUAUAUGGACGUAAAUGUCAAACUUUUAUGACUUAGGAUUUGAAACUGGAACAGUCUUAAAACAAUCAAAAACCAAGCCUUUGCCGA